AUGAUCCUUAACCGGCAGUACCGCAAUCCUAAGCAGGGUGAUCUUCCCGUCACUGAGUACACGCGCCACAUGAAGCUCCUCACUGACGGCCUCACCGACAUCGAGCACGCCGUCACCGAGGUGGAUCUCUGCACUCAGUUCCUUCACGGCAUCGACAAGCGCCUCGACACCAUUCAGGUCGUUCUUGGCAACCAGGAGCUGCCCUUCGACACCGUCCUUUCUCGGGUCAUCCUGGUUGAGGAGUCUCAGGCGCAGCAUGCCACUGAGGAGAGCGCCUCGGCGUUCGCGCUCCCCGGUGGUGACCGCGGCCAGAGCAGUGUCUCUGGUGGGGGUGCUCGUGGACAGGGCGAUCGCGCGGACCACACCAACGACCGCGCCCAGCGCCAUCUUCCUCAAUAUUCGCCCGCCCCUGGUCAUGGUCGCGGUGACCGCUCGUCCGACGGUGGUGACCGCGGAUGCGGCCGCGGCCGUGGUCGUGGUCGUGGUCGUGGUCGGGGCGACCAGUCUGGUCGCGGAUCCGGCACCCAGCUGCCGUUCUCGCCCUUCACCGGCUACUUUGCGCCAUACGGCAUGGCGCUCCCGUCUCCACGCUCUGGUUGGGUGCCGCCCAACGCCGCUGGCGUACUUGGUCCCUGCCCCGGCUCCCAUGCGCACGCCUACCCGGUGUACCAUCCUGCACCGCCUCCUCCUCAGCCGUACCCGCCGCAGCCACCUUCAUGGGAGCACCUUGCCAUGCUCAACGCCGCCUACAGCAACUCCGGCUUCCCCAACAGCUCCGGCGCUCAGUGGUACCUCGACAGCGGCGCCUCCUCCCACAUGACAGGCAAUCAAGGAUCUUCGCACUCGGAAGGUUCUCAUGAUCUCUGCUAG